AUGGAAGAUUCUACUUUUAGGCACAUGAAUGAACAAUCAAUGAAAUUGAAGGCCGAGAAACUAUCUCUCAGAAAGGCCUUUUCUACUGCAAAUGAGAUUGACGAAGAGGUCUCUGCGUACUGGAAAAAACUGGGUUUCUCUCUCUAUGGGAAAAACAUUCCUUCUCCAAUAAAGGAGUGGAAUGAGGCAGGAUUACACCGGAUUGGUUCUAGUAUGACACUGGCCUAUGUCCUUCCAAUGUUGAGACAAGUUGAUCAAGAGCCUCUUCUUAGAUAUAAAGAGUGCCCUAUUGGGAUUAUAAUUAUUCUGUUACACGUUCUAUUUCUGAUCCUCAAGAGUGCUUCUCGAGACGAUGUUAUUGGAGACUUAGGGUUUGUUAGUAUGUAUGGAAGGAACGAUUUUGCUAAUCAAAUUUAUGAACUAUCAAAAGAAGCCCAUAUUGUUCUUUGCACUCCAGCUUGCAUGAAUCGUAAGCUCUAUUUGAAUGGUGAAAAAUUGAUGAAUCAAGCUGACAUGAUGUUUGACAAAGGAUUUGAACCUCGGCUCAGAGAAAUCAUAAUUGUACGUGUUAAAAGUACUGUCAACAGUGACAUAAAACAGACGAUUGAAGUGAUUGAAAUAGCAGAGAGAUUCAGUAGACUUCGUCAGUUAAUUGGGGAAUGCAAACCCAAAGGAAAAAUGUUGAUAUUUGCGAAAACAAACUUGUUGGUUUCUACUACUGUACUAGCCAGAGGAAUCGAUUUAAAAAAUGUGAUUUCGAUCAUCAACUAUGAAGAGUACGUCAAUAGGAUUGGAAGAACAGGUAGAGCCGAAACCAUAGGAUUUGCCAUUACCGUCAUUUCUGAAGAGGAGGAAAAAUUUGCCCCUUACUUGCUGGGGUCAUUAAAUCAUGCUAAAGAGGUGGUUCUCGAUCGCCUGGAAGAGCUUGCACUUGGUUUCAAUGCCAGGGUGAAGCGCGGUGAAGUCCAAGCUUAUGACUCUGGAUAUGGGGGCAAGAGUUUUGAAGUAGGAGAAGAUUUUUAG